CCGACAGCCUCGUUAGAAACGACGAAAGCGUACAGCACGGACGUUCGUGCUUAGAGAAACAUAUAGGACACAACAAUGAGAAAACCAGACAAGCAAAGCAUGGUCACAUUUGUAGACCUGAACACAAUUCAUGCGUAUACAGACAAGUAACAUUUCAGGAUUGGACUGAUUGUUUGCUGUCACAGUUGUUGAUGUCAAGUAUUUGGAGAUGGGAAAAAUAAAAGUGCUCAAGACUUACUCUCAUGCACGUAACCAACAACGAAAAGCAGGACAGUUGCAAAAACUUUCAGACUUAUUUGAUAUCAUUGUAGAAGCCCCGCUGGUGAGACCCUUUUGCAGCUCUGGACAAACAGAAAUCAUUGCACCACUGAAAGAACACGAAAGAAAUCAUUCAUCAUUUGAAAAAGGACCAACUGCAGCUACAGUAAAGAACAAGCUUAGCCCAAGAAUUGCACUUUUUGUCGAUGAUAAUGAUUGUGAUGAUGGCUUACAAAGUUCGGAUUAUACAUUUGGAGAGAAUGUGAAGAAGACAGGACAAAAGCCUGUGAAAAGAUCUGUAAAGAGCAAACAUGACAAAGGGUAUUCUUCAGUUAAAAGAUUGGUUAAGAAAGGUGUUGGCAAAGCAUUGAAACAUGCUCAGGAAUCAGAACCAAGUGAAGAAUCAAACAGUACCACAAUGAACACAAAGUUUAACACGGAGCAGUUAGACAUAGAAAUGUGGAGAGAGGAUCCUUUUGCAGAAAGGAAGAAGUUAGGUGUGAUGUGGAAUUCGGUUGAGAAAAGGGAAGAUGCUGAACACAAGUUCUCAAUAAGCAUGUCAGAUACAGUGGCAAAUUCAUCAAGUUCCCCUUCUAUACACUCUCAGCCUGCCUUCUCUUUCAACCAACAAUGGAAAGCUGCAGAUUUGAAAAAGAGAUCAUUCAUUAAAAUAAGGACACCAGGAUAUCUCAAGAGAACAUGUGAUGGACAAGAGCUAUCUCUGCCUUCCUACUCCCAAGAGACCAGCAGUUACACUUCAAUCUACACUUGGACCACAGCUACUAAUUCUGCUCCUAAAACAGGUGAAGAAAAUACAGAGCAAGAUAACCUACAGGAACCGAACAUGGCUUCAGUCACUUCAGUUCAAAAGCCCUGCAUUAACAACCACCUUCACUCUACCGCCAUUCAGUUAAAUUUUGACAGAUGCUGUCAGCAAACACCACAUUUGUCUCCAAUUGGAAGUGCAAAAGGUGAAGAAAAUACAGAGCAAGAUAACCUACAGGAACCGAACAUGGCUUCAGUCACUUCAGUUCAAAAGCCCUGCAUUAACAACCACCUUCACUCUACUGCCAUUCAGUUAAAUUUUGACAGAUGCUGUCAGCAAACACCACAUUUGUCUCCAAUUGGAAGUGCAAAAGGUUAUAAGAUGAAAAUGGCGACUCCGUCUGGCUCUAAAUUGCAAGCGAUUCCAAGGUGUCCCCGCAAGGUGCGAGUUUCUGCAAGUGGGUCUUCCCAUAAGGCUGCUCCUAAGUGUUCUACUAUGCUUUUUGGAUCUUCAUUCUCUGAUACUGAUGACAUCGCUCUAAAUUUAUCUCCCAUCACAAAGACUAUGCCUAAUGCAAGAUGUGAAGCUGAUAUCCAGGAGACAGUUAAGAUGAACGAAAGUGCUCUGAAAACGGUAGAUGAAGCAGAGAAUUAUGGAGAGAGGAUCUUGACAAGCACCCCUCUUGCUGGAAUAUCUAAAAGGAAUUUUGUGUUAAACUUGUCAUCUCUCCACUCUCCUUCAGACUGUGAUAUAAUCCCACUUCGAGAGUCUGGAGACAUAAUCCAUUCAGAUGAAAUUGUGGCAGAGUCCAUAGAAGACUCAUGCACACGUAUGUCAAAGAUCAAGAUACAGAGGGAGGGAAAUAAAGUUGGAAGUGGUGACAGUAAAGACACCUCUGGAAUCAGAAAAGUAGCACCUGAAAGGACGGUCAAUGAGGAUGUCCAAAUUAUAAGUUCCAAUAAAGGUGGAUCAAGCACAGAAGUAAGGGAUGUGAAAACGGAUUACCAGAUGAAUGAAAAACAUCAGGACACCGUUAUGGAAAUCUGUCCAGUCAGCACAAUGGGAAUGGUUGAAAAUUCUUGGAAUAAACAGACUAGAAGUGGCUCAAAGGCAGGCAUACUUUUGUGGAUUGAACCUGCUGACAGUGGUUUUAUAGACAUGUUGCAAACAGCACCUCCAGAUGAUAUAAGUUUGCUUUCCUACAAGUCAAUGCAUCCUGUAAAGCAGUAAAUUCUACCAGCAUAGGAAUGCACACACAAAGCAGCUGGUGCUUACAUCUGUCUGCGACUGAAGCUUGGAAUCUCCUUCAGAACAACCCUUCUGCCCAUCAGGAUUUGAUGCACAAUUUUGUAAAUGUGUCAUCUGCUCCGUUUCCUGUUCCACUUGCUUGUCUUCCUGAU